UUCAAAAUGCUGGCCUCACUUCAUAUAUUCGACAGGUGCAAUUUGAAGGUAGCUCUGGUCCAAUAUCAUUUGAUGAAAACGGUGAUGCUUUUGGAGGCUACACAAUCAAACAUUUUAUACCAACUGAUUCAGGUUAUGCUUCAAUUCAAGUUGGUUCAUGGAAUCGGUCAUCUGAAUCGCUCAAGCUUAACGAAAGUGACUUGUACUGGAAUACUAAUGACACUAUACCAGUGUCCAAAUGCAGUGAAGAAUGCAACGUGGGAGAAAUCAGAAUUCAACUUGAACUGCCCUGUUGCUGGGACUGCUUUAAAUGCCAUGCUAAUGAUAUUGUCAUCAAUGGGUCAGUGUGCAUAAAAUGUCCAAUGUUUACAUGGCCGGAUGAAAGCACUGCUACAGAUUGUGAACUCAUAGAGCCAGACUUUAUCAAUUUACUAUCUGAUUCUUUGUUCCUUUCCCUCUUCAUUUUGACAAUGCUUGGAUUGGUAACAAUAUUAUUCAUGCUUGGACUGUUUAUUCACUGGAGAGGGGAGAAAAUCAUAAGAGCUUCAUCAAGAGAGUUUAAU